AGUUGAAUUAACAUUUAGUUGGAGAUGGGAAGAGGAGGAGAAGAUGUCGAGCGGGGGUACUGGUAGAGUUGAAAUCCAUGGACUUCAACAAACCUGGUCUGAAUUCUCAAGGAACCCACAGCUUUCAUCUUCUUCCCCUCCCGGAAAACCCUCAAUUUCGCAAUUAGGGCACAACAUUCUUCGUUCUCUUCUGUACAAUCAGAUUUUGAAUUCCGUCGUCGCAUUGAUUUUCUUUGCUCUCCGAUCACUAUUCUUCACGGGAACAUCACUCUCGGUCUCUGCCGCCUACCAAUCGUUUUCUGUCUGAGGCUGAAGUGAUAUAGUGGAUUAACUUGGAAUAUGAUUUUGGUGUGUUUUCCAAUCUGAUUCUGAUGCUUAUCUAGUGACUGACUGGGAGUUUUGCUAGUAGGAGAAGAAAAGGGACGUGACUAUUAAGUAUUUGGCUUUCCAAUGACGAUCUAUCAAACAAGAAACAUUGGGCAUCCUUUGAUCAAUCUUGUGAGAUUGAAAGGCUUUCCUAUUCUGCGGCAACUACAAUUGGAAGAGCGCCUACUUCGAAACUCAUCAGAUAAUUGGUGUAUCAUAAAUGACGGAACAGACAAUCCAGCUAUUGUGAUGGGCGUUUCUGGGAAACCUGAUGAGCUCCUUGACAUCAAAUCUGUGUUAGGAGAUCAAAUUCCAGUCAUCAGAAGGUUCACUGGGGGUGGAACUGUUAUUGUUGAUCACAACACAGUGUUUGUCACCUUCAUAUGUAAUAAAGAUGCCGUAGCCGGACUAAAACCGUUUCCUCAACCUAUCAUGUCCUGGAGUGGUCUAUUAUAUAAUAAAGUAUUCCAAGGAACUGAUUUUCAUCUUCGGGAAAAUGAUUAUGUCUUUGGUAACCGUAAGUUUGGUGGAAAUGCUCAGUCCAUUACUAAAAGCCGGUGGAUCCACCAUACAUCUUUUCUGUGGGACUAUGAGGUUAGGAAUAUGGCAUAUCUGAGACAUCCAAAACGGGUUCCUGAUUACCGUGAGGCAAGGAGCCAUUUGGAUUUUAUAUGUAGCUUGAAGGACUACAUGCCAAGACAGGUAUUUAUUGAUAAAACAACAGAAGCAAUCGAAACUCAGUUUGGCACGAGUUUAAAGCAAUUAGAAGAAUGUGAAUAUUCUUCGACUGGAAACUGUAGUCCCACAACUAAGGUGCUGACAGAGCAAGAGUUGGAAACAGCUGCAGGUUGUGUAUCACAGGGUAAUAAGCUCGAGAAGGUCUUGGGCAUAGCAUUAUGAUAAGUAAUUUAUAAAAUAAUCAUGGUAUGAUUAUAUACCAUAUACCCCUCAUUUAUUCUUUAGGCGGGGAAUAUUCUUGUUCUUGAUGUUGAGAUUGAAUUAGCAUAGCAUGCCCACUGCCUAAUUCUAGUCACAGUGCACUGUUAGCAAACCUCGAGGCAUAUUGUAGAUGGUCCAGAUGGUGGUUUUGCCUCUUCCUGCAAAAAGGCCUUUGGCUCUAGACCUCUGUUUCCAGACUAAUUUUGGUGUCUCAAAUACUAACCGCGAGGGUUGUCUAUCCUUAAAGUUUGGCUUGACUAAAAAGAUUUAUGGCUCUAUUUGAGUCUGGCUGCAGUGAAAAGAAUAAAUAUAUUUUUGUUGUGUGAUAGUAGUUAUACAUACAUAUCAA